AUGACCCCAGAGGAAGAAUGGUUUUGGCUCACGUACUGUUGGUACGACAACCCCUGGAUAUGCGACGAGGACGGCAAUAUGCUGACCACCCGUCCGUACGAUAGGAUACAGCCGUGUACUAUUGAAGCACUGCAAAUACAGCGCAUCGGAGUGAAGACCUACACGAUGAUCAUCCCAGUAGCAGGCGACAGCAGGCAUCAACGAGCCAAACUGCGACGGUGGGGCGUAGCCAUCUUGAUGAGUGCUCCACAGAUUGGAAUCGGCUGCAGUCUAAGAAUAUCGAAAGUGUUACGGCCUCGGCACCCACUCAAGUUGCAGCAUGACUACGAAUGGGAAUAUGUGUCUGACGGUCACGCUCGAGGCACACCGAAAGGUGAGGGCGGCUCAGAGCGAGGGGGAAGCAUUGCCUUGGAGCAACGGAGCAACGGCAUUCACUGG